UAGUCGUUGGAAUCGCGACGGUCCGUUAGCACGUCGCGCUGUUACAAACUCCGCAAUAACAAGCUCUACGAUAACGCGCCCUAUUUAAACGCAAUACAUCGAGUUUCGCGUAUAGCUGUGCAUACAGAUUUGUUUACUUUGGAGGUUCGAUGUUAAGUGCUUAUAUUUUUUCUCGCGUCAGGUCAACACGAUCUUCAAACCGGCUCCGUGAACAUAUGAUCUGAAACGGACCCACUCGAAUCGUGCAACCCGUCCAAUAUUGCUUUGGUGUUACGAUGUGGAUAAACUUGAAGUGCAGUGAAUUACGGAUUUACGGAUGACUCAGUGUUAACUUUCUCGUAACUUUCAGUGUCGAACUAGUGACUUCGUCUAGACGGAAAUGUGAUUGUUAUUGUCGGGUUAAUUGCAAUGGCUGGUGCAAGUGAGCAAUGUGUGGGUGUAGAGGAAAGCGUACAGGAGCCUCGCAAGAGAGGGUUGAGCGGAUCCAUGUCGUUAAGGACGCGCAAGCUGGGCCGGCGACUCUCGCGCAGUAUGUCUAUUGUGGCGCUGAAGCUACCGGAGAAAGCGCAAAGCAUCACGCGCACCUCCUCAAAACUGAUGAGGUCUGGCAGCCGUGAUAAGAAAAAUAGGGCAUUCGAACUGUCAGUGAUUCUCCCAGACAAAACACAGAGACAGGUAACAGUAUGGGGCAACAGUACUGUCGCGGAAGUCAUCUGCGAGGUAUUACAGGAGGCUGGGUUUGUUUUGGCCGGUCUCCCAACUGGACCUUUAUCCGCGCCUUUGGCUUUACCGUUAUCAGACCCUCUGCCUCCUCCAGAAGCUAUUAAACCACCACCAACAGCAUUACUGUUUCUUGGAGGUUCAAAAGCACCAGUGGAACCUCGAGCUAAUGCUGUAUCCUUGGAAGGUGAAGUCCUGGUCAUAGAAAACGAACCAACGCUAUGGGAUGGGAAUGAUCUCGAAGUUUUUCUUGCUUGGGAAAAGCUUUAUUCUACGACAUUAUUUUCCGCAUUAGAACUUUAUGGAAAACCUUUGCUCCGGGCUGCUGUGAUAAGCAAAGAGGAAUAUCAUUUACUAUUCUAUUAUCUCGAGUCAGUGUCGGAAGCAAGUGACGCUCUGACACAACGCAUGCGAAAAUAUAUAGACUCAGGCUUGCUUCAUAACAAGGAAACAGAAUGUAAUGACCUUUUCACUCAAGAAACUAAAGCUCCUAUGGAGGAGGAAUCGAAAAGCAUCUUGUCUGAACUUAUAAAAGAAGGUAUUUUGUCACAACACGAUUUAGACUUAUCUUCAGUUACACCAUCAGACAGUAAUGAAGAACAACUUAUGGGUGGUAAAAUAGACGAUGACAACCAUUCCACUGCUUCAUCGAUAUGUUCAUCCUUUCGUAAAAUGGUUGUUGAAAUACCUGUCGAUAACUUUGAAACUGCAACUGAAGCUUCUGUUGUUGAAAGUAAUGAUAACGUAACAACAGUACAGACAAGAAGUGGUGGACAGUGUUGCACGGAUCACAGAAUAUCAGCAGAUAUUACAGAAAAUGUUUGGUCCAAUGUCAGUUGGGACUUCUUAAACCCUGCAGACUUUGGAUAUGAUCAAAUACCAAACGUGAAACGCAGUCGUUCUGAAUCUGCUAUAACUCCUGUAGCUAAAAGGCGAAAUGAAGAGAUCUAUGAGACUCUGCAGAAUAAUGAGGAAGAGUCUUGUGGGAGUAUGACGCCAUAUGAGUCGAUUGAAGAUUUGUACGAUUGUAUAAAAAAUACCGUUUACAAAAAUAUUUCAGCUGAAGAAUCAUCACCUUCCACUGAAUGUCAGUCUGAGCCGCACUAUCCAGACUAUUUUGAAAAGUCAAGUACAACACGACAGAGUUCUGCUAGUAGCGAGAAAAGCGGAACAUCGUCAGCAUUCCCUUUCUCGAAGUGCGGGUCAAGUGAUUCAACCGGUGCAUAUACUUCAUGUGAAUCAACAAGUGGUGUCAGUUCUUUUAUUCCAAAAAUCUUACCCGAAUCUCUAAAAUGCCGUGAUCUGCCACCUCCGCCCGCGGAAAGUGAUACAAAUGAAAGUUCAAUUUUAUUGAAACAGCUUUUUAUGGGUGAACUGUUAGACGCUUAUAGUGAAUACUUAGCUUCAUAUCCGUAUGCAAAAGCUUUGUUGCGUAGGAAGAUGAAACGAGAUGAGCAUUUUGCUGCCCUAGCGGACAUCCGUAGAGGUGCUGCAAAGUACACUAUCGGGGACUACCUUGAACUACCGAUCGAACGUCUCGCGCAAUACGAGCGGCUGGUGGGUGGGGGCUGUGGUCGGCGGCGCGCCGCUAGACUGUCGGACCUCGAGCGCGUGCAGGACCUCUUCCCGCACGACUAUCUCGCACUGCACGAUGCGGACGCACCAUCAGCACUCGCAUCUCAUGGACAGAAGUCCAAAAGUCUUCGCAAACGUCCAAGUUUGGACAUCGGCGGCACAGUUAGUGGCAACAACAGUACGCUGUCGCCCCGCACCUUCAUAAUGGAAGCACCUGUCCAAUUAUGUCCUCUUGGAUCCACCUCCCCACCGCUAGAACGCCAUUUGUUUCUCUUUAGUGACCUACUGCUAGUAGGAAAGUCUAGAGGAACUAACUGUUUUAAGUUAAAAGAGAGUGUAAGGCUGGCAGAACUGUGGCUCUCCCUACCUGAAAGUGAUGAUACAGGUUUCCUCAUCGGAUGGCCAACAGUUAGCGGAGUCACAAAUUACCUCGCUACGUAUCCCACACAAGCUGCUCGAGAUACUUGGUACAGGAAAAUCCAAAAUGCUUUAACUGUCCAACUAGCCUCAGAACCAAAGUCAACAAACAUUCAAAUCUUCUAUAAAGAUGUAACGAGCUCCAUAGAAUUCUGUAAGACGGUAUGUAUAAAUCCAGAAAUGAGCGCCCGUUGCGUGGUUCGCCAAGCGCUUCAAGUUUUGCAAAAUAAUGGUGAGGUUGAGGGGGAAAACGAUGGAGGUAGUGAGGAGGGCAGGUUAGGGGCACCAGCCGACUUCACGCUCUGCAUCCGCGCCACCCGGGACACCCCGCUAUCCCCCCUGCAAGGCAUCGAACGACCGCAUGCUGUUCAGAUGUCAAAAAUAAGGCAAACUUUAUCUAAUGAAGAUGGUUUCGAUUUGGAGCAUGUUAACGCUAAAAAUAAUCCAUGCGGAUUAGUUUUUGAGUUACGAAAGAAGAAUCAAGGUCUAAAAAGUAACGUACCCCCCGGUCGCGGCCUCCGUCUACUCAGACGCGGCGGUCGGUUGUUCGGUGUAGCGCUCACUCGUCUCUGUAACGGAACGCCGCCGCCCGCGCUGCUGCACGCGUUAAAAAGACUGCGGGUCACGGCACCACUCACGCAUGGCGUCUUUAGAAGGAGCGCGAACGCUAAAGCCCUCAGACUGUUGAGGGAUAAGUUGGACGCUCUUGGUCCUUGGGCCGAGGGCGGUGUGGAAUUGGAGCGAGCUCCGGUCCUGCUUGUAGCGGCGCUGGUCAAAGAAUUCUUUCGCGCACUGCCUCAGCCUCUCCUCGCUUCUGAACUGUACCCUGCCUGGCUGCAGGUUCUCGGUUUGCCUCAAACAGAAAAAGUAAAUGCGGUGCGGUCCUUACUCUUGAAGCUUCCAAAAUCACAUUACAACAUGUUAAUGUACUUCGUUUGCCUUUUACAAGCAAUUGCUAAGAAAUCUAAUAUUAAUCUAAUGUGUCCUAUGAACUUGGGUGUUUGUGUUGGUCCUAGUUUAUUGUGGCCGAAUGUUCCCUGUGACAAAGCUCCCAAAGCAGUGCCAUUGAUAGUUGAACUACUUAUAGUAAAAGCUGAGGCUCUUUUCGGCCCUCAAGUAACUGGUCUUCUCGGAAACGGAAGCCCUGAAUCAUCUAACGCCCUUCUAGACUCUGGUGCUGAAGAGAGUGAUAGCCUUCAUUCAGUUGGGAUCUCCUUAGAUUCCAUGGAAUUGUCGACACCCAGAAAAGAAAAAUUAUCAUUAAGUAGAGACUCUGGUUUGACACUUUCAGAAGAUGAUUCAAAUAGUAACGGGGGAAACAGUCCCGCACCACGUAAUAUUUUACAUAGUCUGUCCGCACCAACUUGCAACAUUCAACAAGAUCCUAAGUUAAACUCGCGCUAUACAAAUGAAAACCCCAAUGUCAAUGGUCUACCAAAAAUUCCCCAGAGGCAAAAUAAUAUCUAUUCCAAUAAAGCGGAAAUGUACAGUACUGUUAAUGAAGAACUUUACACAAUACCAUACAUGGGAGAAAAAUACGUUCAUAAUACGAUUAAUAUCGGUAUCUCAAAUGGGAUUGAUGACAGAAAUUAUAUAUCGAAGACAGCAGUACAACGCUCAACCGCUGAUAUUUACGGUCAAAGUCCUGCGAAGUAUAUUACUGGCUUAGAGCCUCAAAAACCGCCAAGAAGCAAUGUUUCAAAAGCAGCAAGAACAUCAAAAGUAUACAGUAUGUAUGCUGAAACUCAAGAAACUGAUAAAAAUGUUACUAACAAAAAUUUCAAUAGAGCUAAAAGCUCUGACAACUUAUUAGAAGUAAAGCAAGAAGCUAUGGAUAAACAACGCGACAUGGUUUCCAGUCAAGAAAAUAUUGUUUAUAGCAACAUUCACGACCUUGCCAUGUUUACGGAAAACAUUCAACGGCAAAACCAAUAUCAAACACAUGCGGAAAUUAGAAAUAAUUCAAAUUAUUCUCGUGUUUACACUGGUUGGGAAAACAAAAGCCCUAACUAUUGUGCAAACGGCCAAGUAAACUGUCAAAAUGAGAACAUUUACGGUCAGAUGACUAAGAAUUCAGGAGAUUCCUCGCAAAAUAAAACACCAGAUGGGAAAACUACUCCGGCAGCCACCAUUUUUACAAGAAAUGACUGGUCUCGUCAAGCAGCGAGGACAAAAAGCUUAGAAGUGGGUGAAGAAGGACACAGUAAUGUUACAGAGAAAUCUCGUAAUACUAAUUACGAAAUAAACAUUGUAAACUGUUGUCGAAAAAGACGGUUCGAUCCUGCUCACCUGUGCACGAAGAAUUGCAUAACGCUCUCGAUGGUGCACAAUCGAGACAAAGACAAACACGCGACUAAUCAACAAAAUUCUUAUAACUACGUCGAUGAUAUAUCCAACAAUUCUGAUGAGAAGUGCAGAAUUCGAAACUACAAUAACAAUAAACUGAAUCAAUCGAAGUCAUUGGCAAAUAUAAUAUUACAGAGCGAUUCAAGCAGUAACGAUACUUUAUACCAACCGCAAAACUCAUUUCAUAGCCGGUCGACUGAAUCAACGGCUAGCGAAAAUUCCUUCGAAAAUUGCUACACGAGCCAAUACAUAGAGCCUCUGUACACGUCGGUCUAUAAUAGAAGAAGGGAUAUAUUUCACGAAGAAAAGAGCAACAUAUUCUCUUCGGAUAUAUACAAAGCGACACCCACAUCAGUGAAACCGGAUUAUGCGUCUGAAAAGGAACAAAACAAUAACAAGAAGCCAUUAAACAUGCCACCACCAGUUCCACCUAGAAAAAUGGUAUAUCAAAGGGUUUUAAAAAAGUUCCAACCAGUUCACGUGAACAAAGACGACAAGGCUACGCGUUCGAAAUCUGUGCCUCCUUUAUACAGAGACCCACCUAAUGGAACUGAGAAAAACGGACAAAAUGGUGUGGCUCUCUACUGUUCGGAAUCCGACACGGAAUCGGAAUCGUACGUGUAAACGCACUUUACUCUUUAACUAUAUUAAGGGUGCAAUAGUAGUACUGUAAUACAAACGAGUAAUUUUCUUUCUAACAUAACAUAUUUACUUUGAGGUGACCAUAAGUAUAUCCUUAGUUUGUUGUGUAGUCUUUCUUGUUUACUCUGUUUAUGUUAUUAUAGUACUCCUAUUUUUUAUAAUCUUACCGUGUGAAUCCCGCCUUGAAAUUUCUAUGUAUGUGACCAUAACCCAAGUUUUGGUGAUGUUAUUCCAAAGAAGUAAGGAUAGUUUUCAAACUUAAUGUAAUAUGUACAGGAAAUUUUUCUUAUUAAAAAUCUGAUUAAAUAUUGCAUAGUAGUUAGAAAUAACAACGGCCACUUUUUAAAAUUUUAAUGACUACUUC